CGCCAGGACCCGCAGGGUUUCUGAUGAUCGUCUCCCAGGAGACGAGCUCCACACCAAGAUGGCGGAGGAAAAGGAGCGGGAAAGCCCAGAGGCAAUAGUGGUAGAAAUUCACAAAAAGAUCAAAGAAGCCUUUGAAGUGUUUGACCAUGAAUCCAAUAAUACAGUGGAUGUGAGAGAGAUUGGAACAAUUAUCAGGUCAUUAGGAUGCUGCCCUAGUGAAGGGGAGCUGCAUAUUUUCAUUUCAGAGAUUCAGACCAAUUCCUGAAGAUGUCCUUCUUCAAGCUUUUGAGGUUUUUGACACAGCUAAACAUGGGUUUCUGACUAGGGAAGAACUGAUCAAGUAUAUGACUGAAGAAGGUGAGCCUUUCUCCCAAGAGGAAAUGGAAGAAAUGUUGUCUGCUGCCAUUGAUCCAGAAUCAAAUUCAAUUAAUUACAGGGACUACAUAGCAAUGAUGGUGAUAGAUGAAAAUUAAAUGCUCUGAAGAUGUAA